AUGAGUGUCAUUCUAUGCACGGCUGGUUAUGACCAUACAAUCAGGUUUUGGGAGGCAUUGUCCGGAAUAUGUUCGCGAACCAUACAGCAUCCCGAAUCCCAAGUCAACCGGCUAUGUAUCACGCCGGACAAAAAGUAUCUUGCCGCAGCCGGCCGACACAUGGUGCGGCUCUACGACAUCAAAUCCUCGAACCCCAACCCUAUAAUGCAAUUUGAGGGGCAUACGAACAACAUCACAGGAGUCGCAUUUCACUGUGAGGGAAAAUGGAUGGUGACAAGCUCCGAAGACUCGACCGUUAGAGUUUGGGAUACAAGGUCGGGCCAGGUUCAGCGCAACUAUCAACACACCCACCCGGUCAACGAUGUGGUCAUCCACCCAAACCAAGGCGAACUAGUGAGCUGUGAUCGAGGCGGCAAUAUUCGCAUCUGGGAUCUUGGAGAGAGCAAAUGCACACACCAGCUCGUACCGGUGGAGGAGGUUUCGAUGGCCAGCGUGAGCGUGGCCAGUGAUGGCUCUCUGCUAGCGGCUGGAAACAACCUGGGCGACGUUUACAUCUGGCGCAUGUAUCAAAACCAGGACUCCACAACCCUCCUGCCGUGCCGCGUCUUCAAAGCCCACAAGGACUACCUUACACGGUUGCUGCUUUCUCCAGAUAUCAGACUCCUCGCAACCUGCAGUGCCGACCACACCGUGCGCAUCUGGAAGAUCGACAUGAAUGAAGAGCACCUGGAGGCCAUCCCCGAAGUCAGUGGCGUUUCCAAUGCAGAUGAACAAAAUCGCGGCGACGCCUCGCAGAAUCAGUAUUUCGUGAACGGCAAUGGAACGAGCACGACAAGCUCCAACUCGACACCCAACCCCAUCGUAUCCGGCGGGUUCAGUGCGGUGGCCACACCAGACUCCCGUUCUCACUCGUCAGGCAGCCUAACGUCUCCCACAAUGUCCCCUGCAUCUUUCCGAACCUUAACCGAACUGAUCACCCAGCGCCGCCCUCUGCCCUGCGAUACUGUCCUCGACAACCAUCAGCGCUGGGUGUGGGACUGUGCGUUCAGUGCAGACUCGGCCUACCUCGUGACCGUGUGCAGCGACCACUACGCUCGUCUGUGGGAGCUUGGCACCGCCAGUAUCAUUAGGCAGUACAGCGGCCACCACCGCGGCGCGGUCUGUGUCGCCCUCAACGACUACUCGAAUCCGCCCUAG